GCACAUUGUGUGUUAUAGAGGACUCCAGUGUCUCACAAAGUGAUUGAGAAAAGAAGGAGGGAUCGGAUCAAUCGCUGCCUCAAUGAAUUGGGGAAGACCGUGCCAAUGGCUUUGGCAAAGCAGAGCUCUGGGAAGUUAGAGAAAGCGGAGAUCCUGGAAAUGACUGUUCAGUAUCUGCGAGCCUUGCAUUCGGCAGAUUUCCCCCGUGGCAGAGACAAGGCAGAGCUUCUAGCUGAGUUCGCCAACUAUUUUCACUAUGGAUACCACGAGUGCAUGAAGAAUCUAGUCCAUUACCUGACCACAGUGGAACGGAUGGAGACCAAAGACACCAAAUAUGCUCGGAUCCUGGCUUUCCUGCAGUCCAAAGCUCGCUUUGUCACCGAACCUAUCUUCACCACUCUGGGAUCGCUCCCAGAACCGGACUUCUCCUACCAGCUUCACCCAGCUCCGGAGUGCCCUGCUCACAGUCCCAAUGAGUCUAUGUUUCAGCAGGGAUCCGGGGGUCCGUUUUCCUGGCAUGGUCCUGCCAGAAGCCCCACCAUCCCUUACCUUCCCAACGCAGCCAUGCCCCUCCCUAACCCCGGGCAGCAACGCAACACUUUCCUGUCGUCAGUACAGGGUCUGGACAGACACUAUCUCAACCUGAUCGGCCAUUCCCACCCCAGCACCUUCAGCCUGCCCCACGGCCAGCAUCCCCCUUCUGUGCUAUAGAGACUCGGCCUGCGGGCUGCAUAUUUAUAUCGGGGGAAGAGUAAA